AUGGCCGGGAGAAGGUGUGCCUGGCGCGCCGCCUGCGCCUGUGGUGCAGGGCUUUUGGCCUCGAUCGGAUGUACAGCUUUGCCUUUCGUUGGCAGAAUGACACGCUCAACACGUUCGCCAUUCAGGACACGGCAAGGUGCAUAUGCUGAAUUGCUGCACAAGGGCAACAGCAUUCUGUCUGGAAAGAAUAAGUGGCUGGGAGGCGUUGAAGGCUUGGACAAGAACAUUUAUUGCAUUCCAUGCAACAAGAACUCGGUACUCCAGAUUUCCACCGACACGGGCGAGAUUUCGACCUUUGGAAGUACUGCAGAGGGGCGCUUUAAAUGGUCUCGCGGAGUGAUGGCCAACGGAAAGAUCUACGGAAUCCCUGCUGCUGCUGAAUCGGUUUUGAAGAUUGUGCCCAGCAGCAAGGAAGUUGUGGCGGUGGGUUCUGUUCCCACUGGGACGUGGAAGUGGCACGGUGCUGCAGUCGCUCCUGAUGGGUCUAUCUACUGCAUACCUGCUAACGCAGACGGAGUGCUACGGAUUGAUCCCAAGAGCGAUCAGAUUGAAUUGGUGGGAGACUCUUUUCCUGGACGUUGGAAGUGGUACGGAGGCAUCCUCGCAGGGGAUGGAUGUAUCUAUGGAAUUCCCUACUGUGCAGCAUCUGUGCUCAAGAUCGACCCUGCAACAGGCCAAGUCUCCACAAUUGGUGAACUGCCAGACGGCCGCUGGAAAUGGCAUGGGGGUUCCCUGGGAACUGAUGGUGCUAUCUAUGGAAUUCCUGCACAUGCAGAGAGCGUUCUGACAAUUCGACCUGAAACUGGAGAAGUGAAGUGCAUAGGAGGGCCGAUCUUCGGCAAGUACAAAUGGCUUGGAGCGGUUUUGGGAUGCGAUGGGUGCCUCUACGGGAUCCCGUACAACGCGCCAAAGAUCCUCAAGAUUUCACCCUUCAAUGAGGAUGUGGACCUUGUAGAUGUUCCGAUCAAAGGUCCCAAUAUGUGGCAAGGUGGAGUUCGUGGCAAUGAUGGUGCACUUUAUUUCAUUCCGCGCCAGGCCAAGCAGGUGCUGCGUGUGUCUUCUGAUGGUCAAAGCAUAGCCGCAGUCCCUGGUGAGGAAUUGCACGGCUGGAACAAAUUUCAAGGUGCUGUUCUGGCCAGAGACGGGUGCAUCUACGGAGUCCCGUUUAUCCAUCGAGUUGGCUUGGCACUGUUGAAGGAGGCACGAGCAGAUCUUCUUGGCAAGGGCUUUGACGCAACGAUUGAGAGGUUGCGCUGCUUGUGCCAGCGAUCUCAGCUGUCCCCAGAGGCGUUGGUUGCUUCAGCCAUGGAGUUCAAGGUCACCAAUCGCUUCCUCAGUGACCUGGAACAAGCCAUCACCUCUCCUUCCGGUGCUGCUCGCCUUCCUUCCUGCUUCUUAGAACGUGACCUGGACCGUGGCCGAACGCAGUGCCGCUUCCUGCUCAACACAGAUGGUGGCUCUGAAGCUCCUGUGCUCACAGGCCAAGACCUGACCUUCUGGGAGGCGUCCUUGCCACCGCCACGCGUGCCUUCGGACCCUUUAACCCCGGGACUCUCACUAGAGCCUCCGGGUGACCCAAAGGAGAAGAGCAAGGCCAAGUCGCAGCUCAAGUCCUUCGCAAGGAAGUCUCAGAAGGUCUUGAGCAAGGUCAAAACACCUGUUGUGCUUAGUAUGCGCAGCUCAGGCAAGAGCGCAAAGCAUGAGGCACCGGCGCAAAGCCUAUCUGACUCAGAACGGAAGGAGAAAUCUCAUCACAGAUCUUCAUCAGUUCCUUCUCAUCGCGGCUACCAGCGAUGCGGCGCAGCAGCAGCAGCAAGUGCCUGGGACGUGCGGAUCCUGGACGUCCCCCCCAAAAGUACCAAUGAUACCUUCUCCAUCUGCAAAGACAACUGCAAGGCAGUGGAUGCCAUCCCUGCGAUCUGGACGGAAGCAAUCCCCAAAUGGAAGGAGUUUUUGAAGCGUGUUGGAAACCUACCAGCAGAUGCGACAGUGUGCAAACUUGCAACCUGGAAUGGUGAGAGCAACUCACUUGCAAGAGACCAAUAUUCUCCAAUUUUGAGAUUGCUUAGUGUCCAGUCAGACCCGAGAAUCGGGACACUGGCUGGUUGGUCAACACGACGAGGGCAAUUAGCACAAUGA